AUGUCGGUCUCUUUGCAACAGCGGCCAAAGGCUGCUCCACAGCCCGGUGAUAUCUUGGUUGCCAUCCAUGACUUCGACGCGAGAAGUGCAGAUGAAUUGACGCUUCGCAAGACGGAUCAGAUCGAGUUGGUCGAAAUGGACGAAGGCUUUGGGGACGGCUGGUAUUUGGGCAAGCAUCUUGGUCAAGGGACGAUGGGUCUCUUUCCGGGGGUCUAUACCGCAAAACUCCCGCCGCACUUCAGCCCUGUAGGUGCGACAGCUGUCAGAAGCCCUGAGCCCUCUCCAAGUCUUUCCGCCUACACAUCACCAAAACCUGAGCCAGUCAAACCUGCCACCCCAACAAGUCCAACAAUGGAGAGCUCAACCCACCGGACAGUCGCCUCAUCCCCACAUCAACACUCUAGCCUGCCUUUGCGAAAUUCCGUACCACCCUCUCCAACUACUCAUGUCCACCGCAGCAUUGGGCAAGCUCUUUCAAGCAGACAAAACGGGGAAGAGAGUCCAGUAAUGAAUGAGACGUUGAGCGUCAUAAAUGAACACAUCACAGAUUUGAGCACUCCACGUCAAAGCCUGGCUCCGCCCGACCAUCUAGGCGAGGACACGGGGAGCGAGUACAGUAGCCACUUUGAUAGGAGUCCAUAUAUCGCCGGCCCGGAAACCGACAGUGAGGAGAACGCUCAACUCACGGAAGCAGAUGUCAGGUUAUGGGACGCGAAAGAGACUGCCGAGUAUCUAAGAGGCCUUGGAAUCGAUCCAAAGCAUUGCGACAUCUUCGAAGAGCAGGAGAUUACGGGCGAUGUCUUGUUGGACAUGGACCAGUCGUUCAUUCACAUGAAGGACUUUGACUUUGGUCUCAUGGGUCGCCGCCUGAAGACGUGGCACAAGAUCAGAGACUUCCAGAAUCAGCUUCGUGGUGGGAAGGAUUCGAGGAAGAGCAGCCUGAAGAAUAAUGGGUCAAAUGAAGAUGUUGCCCGAAGUCAAGUCCGUGGCACUACUCUCCUACCCCGGAUACCCAGUUUGAUGGAAGAACCCGGCCUUUCAAUUCGACCCUCACAGCACCCUCACCCUUACGUUCACGUACAGUCAAUCUCUCCUGUCACAGAACAUCCAAUGACUCCGUCCUCGUUCGCUCGAUCUCAGCUCCAAGGAAGCACACCCCCUUCACCGUGGAGAGCUUCCUUGGCAACAGAUAGUCCGACUCGACCGUCCGCUUCCUUAAUCCGAGAUACACACCAUUCCCGCCGCCAUUCAUCAAUCGAGUAUGCAAGCCCCAGCGUCCAGGAGCCAUCCGCAGCACACAAGAAAAAUGCGUCGUUUGACAGAGACUGGUCCAUGAGCAACGCUACCACCGCGAACACCAGUGGUAGCGCCCCGUCACUGAAGCUGAACAUCAGCAAUCAACCACCGAGCAUUGAUUUGUCUGUGGAUGAUGGCGAGAAUUCGACCGCCGAGCUUGAUCGUGGCUACUUCAGCGGUAAUGAGCUUGACAACAGAAAAGCCCGUAAUCUGCUGAGGAAGCGAGGAGGCGCGGAGAGUGCUGGCCACUCCCGCCAAUCAAGCGCGAUGGACGACUCAACCAAGACUAGCCUUGGAAUGAAACGACAUACUCGACUCAGCAGCGUUGAUUCGAUCAGGGAGAGAGCACUCGUAGCCAUCUCUCCAGCGGCGAAAGCCUAUCACAGCCGCUCCUACAAGGGUCGAUUCCGCUCUGCAAGUGCCCGGAAUUUGACCCCCAUCAGGUCUCCUAUACCACAGUCCCCUACCGUCACCAAUCUUGAAGAGGAUAGAUUGUCGGCACUAUCUUCGCCACAGCUCGUAAAUGGAUCAACGUCUCCAGUGGUGUCAAACCCGGCUAGUUUGACUUCCUCAUCAAAGGCCCGGAAACUGCUGGGUAUCCGAGCAGCAUCUGAGGCCGUAACAGGAAAUGAGAAGGACGCAGCAGCGAGUUCAUCGAACAUAAUAUCUGACACACUGAAGGAAAGCCCGGUUGCCUCACCAUCAGGAUCCCAGACUCCUUCAGCGACAUCGCGAAGCUUUGACAUGGACCACACCGAUACCUCCUCGAAAGGCACAACCGAACAGCUCGGGCCACUACUGCAUACCAAGAUGCCAGUACGAACGAAUCCUAAGACCAAACGCCAGACGAGCGCCUACACUAAAGGGCUGUUGCAAAUCUCACCCACCGACGCACGCAAAAGCUGUGAUUAUUCUGGCUGGAUGAAGAAAAGGUCGUCGGGCAUCGUGGCACAAUGGAAGCCCAGGCUUUUCGUCCUCCGAGGACGUCGCUUGUCAUACUAUUACUCGGAAACCGACACCGAGGAAAAAGGCAUCAUCGACAUCUCCGGGCAUAAAGUGCUGGGUACGGCCGCCGACCCCAUUACCUCGCUCUCUACCGUCAUGACGGGAAAAUCCGCCCCGUCCGUCAAAUCCGCUGGGACGUCCAGUGAGACCUCUCCAAACGUUGCACGGGGUUCCCCAAGCGGCGCACCUUUCUACUUCAAGCUUGUGCCCCCCAAAGCAGGCUCGUCUAGAGCUGUCCAAUUCACGAAACCGACAGUCCAUGUUUUUCAAGUGGACAAUAUCACAGAGGGACGGAAAUGGAUGGCCGAGAUCCUGAAAGCCACCAUUGAGCACGAUCUGACUAGUUUCGAGACCACAAACCGGCAAAAGACCAUCAGCUUAGCCAAGGCCCGGGCGCGGAAAGAACGGCCUCCAGCUCUGAAGGGCACGGAGGAGCAAGACGAGGCCGGCCAGCUGGCCGAGCUUCCGGAACAGCGAACGCCUCCUCUCGAGAAGCACGAGGCAGAGACAGGCUUGAACAUCCAGGGCCUGGAUUUCAACGACUCGGAUUUGAAUCUUCAACUGGGGACUGGGUCCGCGGAUGUAAACACUACAGCUUUUCAGGAUGAUGCAGCGCGGGAAAAUAAAGACAUGACGACCUAG